GCAGCUCCACUUCCGGCGUGCGAGGCGGUGACAAUGGGAGCGGCGCGGGCGGCGCUGGGAGGCAGCUGACAGGCGUCUGCGGCUCCGCUUCAUGGCCGCUCUCUUGCGCUGCCUUCGCUGUGUGAGGACCCGGGCAACCCGCAGCGGUGCGCAGCCGGGGCCGGAGGCGGUAGGCCGAGCUGGGACUGGUGAGCCGCGCCUCUGAGGCGCAGCAUGUGAAGCGGAGACGGCCUCGAGCGCGGGGCGAGCCUCUCAGCCGGCCGGCAUGGCCACGACGGCCGAGCUCUUCGAGGAGCCUUUUGUGGCCGAUGAAUACAUUGAACGUCUCGUGUGGAGAACCCCGGGAGGUGGUUCUAGGGGUGGACCUGAAGCUUUUGAUCCUAAAAGGUUAUUAGAAGAAUUUGUGAAUCAUAUUCAAGAACUACAGAUAAUGGAUGAAAGGAUUCAAAGGAAAGUAGAGAAGUUAGAACAGCAGUGUCAGAAGGAGGCAAAGGAGUUUGCUAAGAAGGUACAAGAGCUGCAGAAAAGCAACCAGGUUGCUUUCCAACAUUUCCAAGAACUAGAUGAACACAUUAGCUAUGUAGCUACCAAAGUGUGUCACCUUGGAGACCAGUUGGAAGGGGUAAACACACCUAGACAGCGUGCAGUGGAGGCGCAGAAAUUGAUGAAAUACUUUAAUGAGUUUCUAGAUGGAGAAUUGAAAUCUGAUGUUUUUACAAAUCCUGAAAAGAUCAAGGAAGCAGCAGAUGUCAUUCAGAAACUGCAUCUGAUCGCCCAGGAGUUACCUUUCGAUAGGUUUUCAGAAGUAAAAUCCAAAAUUGCAAGUAAAUACCACGACUUAGAAUGCCAGCUGAUUCAGGAGUUUACCAGUGCACAACGAAGAGGUGAGGUCUCCCGGAUGAGAGAGGUGGCAGCAGUCCUGCUUCAUUUUAAGGGUUAUUCCCACUGUAUUGAUGUUUAUAUAAAGCAGUGCCAGGAGGGUGCUUACUUGAGAAAUGAUAUAUUCGAAGACGCAGCAAUUCUCUGUCAGCGAGUGAACAAGCAAGUUGGAGAUAUCUUUAGUAAUCCAGAAGCAGUACUGGCUAAGCUUAUUCAGAAUGUGUUUGAAGUCAAACUACAGAGUUUUGUGAAAGAUCAGUUAGAAGAAUGUAGGAAAUCGGAUGCUGAGCAGUAUCUUAAAAGUCUGUAUGACCUGUACACAAGAACCACCAGUCUUUCCAGCAAAUUGAUGGAGUUUAACUUAGGUACUGAUAAACAGACUUUCUUGUCUAAGCUUAUCAAAUCCAUUUUCGUUUCCUAUCUGGAGAACUAUAUUGAAGUGGAGAUUGGAUAUUUGAAAAGCAGAAGUGCUAUGAUCCUACAGCGCUAUUAUGAUUCAAAAAACCACCAAAAGAGAUCCAUUGGCACAGGAGGUAUUCAGGAUUUGAAAGAAAGGAUUAGACAACGUACCAACUUACCACUGGGGCCAAGUAUUGACACACAUGGGGAGACUUUCCUAUCUCAAGAAGUGGUAGUUAAUCUUCUACAAGAAACCAAACAAGCCUUUGAAAGAUGUCAUAGGCUUUCUGAUCCUUCUGAUUUACCAAGGAAUGCCUUUAGAAUUUUUACCAUUCUUGUGGAAUUUUUAUGUAUUGAGCAUAUUGAUUAUGCUUUAGAAACGGGGCUUGCUGGAAUUCCAUCAUCAGAUUCUAGGAAUGCAAAUCUCUAUUUUUUGGAUGUUGUACAACAGGCCAAUACUAUUUUUCAUCUUUUUGACAAACAGUUUAAUGAUCACCUAAUGCCACUAAUAAGCUCUUCUCCUAAGUUGUCUGAAUGCCUCCAGAAGAAGAAGGAGAUAAUUGAGCAGAUGGAGAUGAAGUUGGACACUGGCAUCGAUAGGACGUUAAAUUGUAUGAUUGGACAGAUGAAGCACAUCUUGGCUGCAGAACAAAAGAAAACAGAUUUUAAGCCAGAAGAUGAAAACAAUGUUUUGAUUCAGUAUACUAAUGCAUGUGUAAAGGUUUGUGCUUAUGUAAGAAAACAAGUUGAGAAGAUUAAGAAUUCCAUGGAUGGGAAGAAUGUGGACACGGUUCUGAUGGAGCUCGGAGUACGUUUCCACCGGCUUACUUACGAGCAUCUUCAACAAUAUUCCUACAGUUGUAUGGGCGGCAUGCUUGCAAUUUGCGACGUUGCUGAAUAUAGAAAAUGUGCCAAAGACUUCAAGAUUCCAAUGGUAUUACAUCUUUUUGAUACUCUGCAUGCACUUUGCAAUCUCCUAGUCGUUGCUCCAGAUAAUUUAAAGCAAGUCUGCUCAGGAGAACAACUGGCCAAUCUGGACAAGAACAUACUCCACUCCUUCGUCCAGCUUCGAGCUGACUAUAGAUCCGCCCGCCUGGCUCGGCACUUCAGCUGAGCUCAGUUUACAGAGGCAAUGGGUUGCUCUUCAGAAGGCCUCGGGUGACAGAAAGCACAGGAGAGUCCUUCAGACACCGCCAAUAUUUGAAGGGAAAAAUGACUGGAAGAAAACAGCAGCCAUACUUACCCAGGAAUUUUAUUUGAAAAUUGGACACUUCUAGCUGUGUUUUGCUUUUUAUUUUUUCCCUGUUAUAUUGAAUUCCAUACUUUAAUUUAUAAAUUUCAAAUUCUAUUAACCUACAUGACUGUUAAAAUCCUGAAAAAUGUUGGUGUCAGAAGAUGAAUGAAAUUCACCAGUGUUCUGGUUCUUGGUCUUUAACGUAUUCUAUUUGGAAAUUUUACCUUCCUGUUUUGCAUUAAAAAUAGGCAAAGUACAGUAAAACUAUAUUUCGUAUUUAUCAGUUUCUCAGUGAAAUUUUCAGCACUGGUGAUUAUUAAUUAAGCUAUUAGAUUUUCCUAAAGAACUUUUUACAUCUCAAGAGGAUCCCAGCUGAGCGCCGUUUGUCUAGGUGGUGAUGUGCUCUUCCUGAGGUGCAGCAGCAGUGAUGGCCCGAGGAGAAUCUCAUGAGCUCCACUAACUGUUGAACCAUUUUAAAUAGACAUUAGGAACAGAUCAGGAUGUAUCUGCUCUCUGGGUGAAACUUAAAAGUUUACUAUUUUUUAUUUGAUAAAUAGAUUUUAAGCCAAUUAUUUAGCAAGAAAUUAAUGAAACUACCUUAUUUUAUAUUUAACUUAAGGUGGAAGACUUUAAAGGACCAUGUUUGUCAUUUUAGUACUCUUACAGGAGUAAAAAGUCGAUGUGUAAUGUAAACGGUGUAUAAGAGAAAGCACCAUGAUAUCAGCAGUGCAGUCAGCCCCUCAAGACCAGCCUUGACUGAGGUGGGAUGGGUAAACACGCAGGAGUCUAUUUUAACAGGAGCUGGGAAUCUUAGAAGAGUAACAGUAUAUAUUCCAAGUAUGGAGGUAACCUUCACCAAAAGCCUGCUCAGACCUGUAGCGUCUGCCCUCCUCCAUUCUCAGCUCCAGUCUCCAGGCAUUGCUGGCGUUAGUACUCCUUAGAGAUUAUAAUUGAAUUGGCAUAAUAUGGCAACAUAAUAAAUCACUCACAAAAUUUUAAAUAUCAAAUAAAACUUUAGAAAGGCCAUUGCUCAUAAACCUGUCAACUUACUCUGUGAGAAUACAAACUAGAUUAUCUGUCGUCCAUUAUUCUAAGUUAUGUGUAGUUCAUAGCCUUCUAGGAACCAGGUAAACCAUAAUCUUCAGUUCAUUCAGAGCAUCUUUUUUCUUUUAAGGUAGGAUUUUGGUCUAAUUUGGAAGAACUGUUUUUUCUCUGAGAACCUGACUCUGAACAGUUACCAUCAUUAUCAAACUGCCUAGGUCCAGAGCUAACCACUCCACAGCUUACUGUUGACUGAGUUUCCACGUUCUGUUUAGCCCAGUGUUACAAUGGUAAGUGGGGGCAAUAAGCAUGCCAACUCUUGUCACCGUCACAGGACUUGGUGGCAGUUUUAGAGGCCUUCCAGAUGGCUGUCCUGAGACAAGAGAGCCAGAACAGAGCCUCAUCCAGAGACGCUCGUGUUUGUACUGUUGCCGCCCAGAAAGGACUGACGCGGACUCAGAUUAUACCUCUGUUUCCUAACGCCAACAGGUUAGGGCAGUAGUUUUACUGGCAUUUGAACUCUUUGUACAGUGUCAAUUUGUAAAAAAAGAAAAAGAAAAAUAUCAAAUAAAACAUGAAACAACAUUUUAAGACUUCCAAAUCAGAGAAGUACUUCCAAUUAUUUUGUUUGGAUUAAUUUUUAAAUGUAAAGCAGAUCCUUGUUGCUUAGAUAUUUUGUUAAUUAUUAUUUCCAUGCUUGAGUUCUGUGCAAUAUUUUCCAUUAUGUCCACUGACAGGACAAAGAAAAUUCAAAGUGAAUACCUUAUUUAGAAGUGUUAACUUUCAUGCUCAAUAAACAAAUUCCCUGCAGUUGGUUUUUUUUUUGUUUCACCCUAUUUUUAUAUUUUAAGGACAUCUAUAGUGAAUUCUAUAAAUUUUUUUCUUAAAAUAUUCCUUAUUUUUCAUAGCUUAGGUCGUCCCCUUUUUUUUAGCAGAAAAGAACAUGACUGUGUAAUCAAGAUUUAGAAAUCUAGCUAGAAUAGAUGAGGUAUUUCUCUAAAGAAAUAAAAAUGUUGCAUUGUGUAAA